AUGGAGAGGUUCUAUUCACUUCGGUUGUUAAAUUUUACACAUAGACGUCCAGGAUACUUGCGAAUAGCAAAACACUUUCUAUGUCCAGGAUGGGAUACUGUGAAUAUGGAUUCUAUCAAAAAGCAUAGCAUAGAAAAUGAAUUCUUUGUAGAAAGUGUGAAUAACUCCAGUCAUUUCUAUACCGUAAAUAGUGAGAUUGGAACCUGUACUUGUCGAAUUGGGAUAACCGGUGCACCUUGUAAUCAUCAAGGUGCAGUUUCAGUAAAAUUUCAUAUAUCAAUGUUUAACUUUAUACCAUCUUUGACUUCUAAUAACUGUAUAAUUUAUGCUUACAUUGCAAUCGGUUAUACUGCAGAGGACAGUUCCUUUUACGCAUCAUUACAUGCAGAAUUUAUUCCACAAGACCGAGAAGGAUCGAAACGUAAGCGAAAACCAUUUUCCAUUACUAAUAAUAAGGAAAAUCUGGAAAACUCAGACCUUCAUCAGAUCAUUCCAGGUCGAAAAACAAAGAAAAUUGGCAAAAAGUAA